GAGCGGGGCACCACCGUGUCCAACAAAUUGAUCGACAGUCAGCGCUACACAAGGCUGAGAAGGAUAACAUUGAUUAAUCUCUGCGUUGUCGGGAGGACGUGAACGAAAACGGCUAAUUUUUUACAUUUAUAUUUUAAUUAGACGCUGCGUUACAUAUUCAGUCUCGAGUUUUGACAGUGAGAAACAAACUAAAUGAUUUUACAGUAUAGUGAGAUUCUUAGGUAAAAUAUAAGUUCACUGUUUAAAUCGACGUUGUCCAUGGCGUCGCUGUUGUCGAUUCUUAACCUCCUGUCAUUUCUUCGAUAUCAGUUAGAUUAUUUCAAAGAAAUUAAAAAAGACUACAUGAUCUUGAAAGUUUAUUCAUUUAUUUAUAUGCAAAAUAAAAUCGUUGACUUACCAAAGAAAGCAUUAGGAGACUACAGGGAAAAAGAUAAAAUUUUUUUAAAAGUUACUGACUUUUUUAAUUUUCAAUCUAAUAUAAUUCAAAUUAUAGAAUAAAGAUCAAUAGAGGGUCUCAAUAACGUUAACCGUUAACCGUAAAAUGACGAAAAAAUUAACCGUUAGGCGAAAAAAUCGACAAAUUUUAACCGUUGAUCAUAAAAAAGUUAACUGAUAAAAAAUUUCUGGUAAACACAAUGCAAAGACAUUAGCCGUUAGCAAGAAAUUAUUAAGUCUAUAUUCUCUUGCCAUUAGCCGUAACUUGGCCAAAAUGUUAACCAUUAGCCGUAAAAUGCGUCAUCCCAUUGAGACUCUCUCAAUAGAUCUAAAGAGGUGGAGUAGAAUAUUUCAAGAAUUCAUCGUAACCAGGAGGUCAUUUUCGGAGUUGACGUAAUUAGACGACGCAACUUAACAGAAUACAACGUUAACGAAACGAAACAAAGUAAACUAUCGGAGAAACGGAGAAAAUGUCGGCUUCGUAAAAAUUUUGCAUGAGUGAUUUUGUAGAUAACUUAUACUGUCAAAAAAAAAACGACAAUUGUAAGGAGUUUCAAGGUGGCUAUCAUAAACUCGUAAAGUGGAAUUUUUCAAUUUUAUUGUAUUGAAAAUGAAUGCCUUGAAUGGUAGCUUAGUCUAUUAACAAAGGUGCUUAAAAACCUAUGCAAUAUAUUUUUUCCAUGGCACCCAGCUUUGUAUCAAACGUUGGCGCAUCUGGGUUAUUAUCUACAGUUUGUAAUUAUUUCCAGUUCAUGCGAUGAAUUUUUUUUUUUACCUCAACCUCCAUUAGAUAAAUUUUUUUAAUUUCAAUGAAAUAGAUCAAGUACCUGUUAACUUUAAAGAUGGAAAUAUUUCUCGGACUUCUCAGUGAACAGGUUCCGAACGGGGUGAUGGCUUUUACGCCUAAGGGUCAAAAUGUGGUGCGUUUUACGGAUAUCGGUUGAUUUCUUUCUACUACAAUUAGAAAAAACGUUUUUACGGUUAAUUUUUCUAACGACUUACGGUUAAAAUCUGUCAAUCCUUAACGCAUAACGACCACUUAACCUUAUUUGGCCGUUUUUAGGCUAACAGUUAACCUCAUUGAAAACCUCAGCAAAUUUAAAAGAAAAAAAAUUAAGAUGUAAACGCAAAUACAUUUUGCAAGACCAAGAAAUAGAGUAAAAAGCGAAAAGAAAAGGUGACAGUAACACCCUGGUAAGAAACGCAACAACAUGUUUGUGUGAAACAUCGGUUGCCUUGACACUCCUAUCGUGAAACUUUCUCUAUAGUUUCUCUUCUUUUAUUUCUUUCUACUGAGAUCCACCUUCACGCCUCGUAAAACUUGCUUCUUUCUUGUAAAAAUAGGUUUUACGAUAUAGUUUUUAAGUACAUUCGAGUAAAGAGCUAAGUGAAGUUAGUUCAAAGGGCAAUUGACCGAGGUAAUGAAUUAAACAUGAGCAAAUGUUUAAAAUAUGAGGUGUUCAAAGCCCUUUUAAGGGCGGGGUCAUAACUUUAACAUCAGAAAAAAUUCUCUCAAUGUCUAAAGAAUUAGUUAAGUGCACUCUGUGUAGCGAGAUAAUUAUUAUUCUGCCGUGUGAUUGGACUGUCCAUUCAACCGGCAAAAGUCUACCAAAAAGUUUUGACCAUAAAAAAAAUUGUUACAUGUUAACUAUUCCAUUCGUUAUUGUCAACUUGCGAAGACUACGCCUUGCCUGACUUGGCUCUACGGCUGAGAUGGACGUCAUACUUGUGAAGACUUUGCUCCUCCUUCUAAUAUUUGGACUGAUAGAGUCUAACGUGGUGGAAGGGGACCCACACCAGAAGAAAAACAAAAACGGUACUAGGGACGGUCGGUUUCUCAUUGAGAACAGCUUAAGGGCACACGAUAUGCCAGGAUUCCGUCGGGUUAAAGGUUUUUCUGGAAAAACAAAAAAAAGUGAUUGCCAGAACACUCAUUUCAAGCAGUUCUUUCCCAGUUGGACACCGCCAAAGGGUUUACGUGGGAACCAAGAAAAUAUAGUCCUCAUUUGCCAACAGAAAAGCCGAUACAACUUCAACCAGAAAGCAAAAACCUACUACUCAACGCUUUUCGACCAAGGUUUGGGAAUUCCAGUAUAUUCAGCCUACAGAGUCACAUCGACAGACACGAAAUAUGAACGGAGACCUCGCCCAACAUGGCAAGAAAAC